GUACUUGCACUCGCUACCGCGGUAGCAACUGCUAAAGCCAAAAUGGCCAACAAAACGGACGAACCGACAAUCGAGAUAUCGGCACUAUUCGAAGAGGUCGCCCGGUUGCGGACGGCCAUCUCCAACAUCCAGGAAUCACACAAUCUGCAGAUCCAGCGGUUAGAGGACCGCCUCGAGGAAAAGCGGCAGCACAUCGCGCGGUUAGAAAAUCGCUUCGAUACCAGUUCCGAUUUCGAUGAUCGGAAGAAGGAGAACAACAUUCUCCGGUCCCCGCAUCGUGACGUGAAGCAGCAGUUCCAGGAUUUGCUCCUCGAACGAACCAAAGCCCUGGAGGCCCAAAGCGAAGCAAUCAAAUCGGAAGGAGGAUCCCCAUCUCAGAGCAGCGGCCAGCCAAAGCCCGCUUCGUCGCCACCAACGACGAACAGCUCCGGCGCUGCCCCGCUAACGACAUCCUCCACUUCUAGUCACGUUAGUAACGCUUGUAACGCUAGUAGCAAUGACCUGUCGAGCAAUAGCACCACCGCUUCCACCGGUCAGAAUGAUACCGAGCUCAACAACAGUAGUAGCACUAGUAGCACCAUCAACAACAACAUCAACCAAAACCAAAACAACAGUACCACAAACGGUAGCACUGAAUCUAACACAUCUAACGCCCCUGGGAAUCGACCGGAGUGCUCCAGCAGCCCUCGCGUUACGCCCUCGCCCGGUCCUCCAGGGGCGACCAGUCUCAGCUCAUUCCUUCCGCCUCCGUUGCAAAACGUAGAACAGUUUGGUACGUUUUUGGGUGCCGAGAUCGUCAGUACCUGGCGACGCGGUUUGCUGCCUCCACCCCCAGGUCUUGCGGCGGCCGCAGCUGCUGCAGCCGCUGCCCGCAACCACCAUCAUCAUCCCUCUUCUCAGCUUCUAAUGAACCAACACCAUCACCACCAUCAUCCCACAGAUCUGGCGCAGCAUCACGAUCAGGACAAGGCCAGCUCCCACCAUGAUAACUCCUCCAGCGCCAGCACCCCGAUCCUGCAGGACAGCUCCCGACACGACGAGCACAUGAACGGUGGAGGCCGAAGUCUCACACCCCUCCGGAUGUCCAAGAGCCCGCUCGAAGACAACAACAACACCCCCCUCGGAUCUCUGCCGCCCCAUUCCAACCUGAUACCGGGCCUACCGUUCCAAUUCCAAGAUCGGGGACCAUUCCGAUUCGCCGAGGACCUCCAUCUGCCCCCGGGUGCGAUGGUUGGCCGCCUCGGUGACUCACUCAUCCCCAAAAGCGACCCCAUGGAGGCGAAGCUGCAGGAAAUGCUCCGCUACAACAUGGACAAAUACGCCAACCAAAACCUGGACACUCUGCACAUCUCCCGGAGGGUGCGGGAACUCCUUUCGGUUCACAACAUCGGCCAGCGGGUGUUUGCCAAGUACGUGCUAGGGUUGUCGCAGGGCACCGUUUCCGAGCUGCUCUCGAAGCCGAAACCCUGGGACAAGCUGACGGAGAAGGGCCGGGACAGCUACCGGAAGAUGCAUGCCUGGGCCUGCGACGAGAACGCCGUGAUGCUCAUCAAGACGCUGAUCCCCAAGAAAGCUGCAGAACCUGGUAUGCCACCAUUCGGACGGCCCGAGGGAUCGGACAUGAACGACGACCGCAUUCAGCACAUUCUCUCGGAGGCGCAGUCUAUGAUCAAGCGAGAUCACCAAACCCCGCUGCAUCCGUCCCAGCAGCAGCAACAUCACAUGAACCUGCAGCAGUUUGGCUCCCUGGACGACUCGCAGCACAGCGAUAACGAGUCCAAAUCGCCACACUCCCGCGACGUCCAGUCGCCGUUUGCCAAAGACUUCUUGAGCCGACGAUCCUCAAUCAACAAGGGCGACGAUCUGUCCCAGGACAAGAUCGCCAAAAUCUACCAGGAAGAGUUCUCCAAAUUGAUGCGAAGUCCUCGAGAGUUUCCAAAUUUCCUGUUCCCGCACUUCCUCGGUGGUGGAAUGCCUCCGAUGGAGCGACCACAGGACGAUAACAUUCGAAUGGCUUUAGAGGCGUACCACCGGGAGUUGGCCAAGCUGCAGCAGAACGCCGCCGCUGGUCUCCCUGGAAUUCCUAACAUCUCGAACCUCCCCAAUUUUCUUGCUCUGCAACAGCAACAACAGCAACAGCAGCAGCAACAACAACAGCAAGCCAGCCAAGCUCAGCAACAGCCCGGCCUCAACGGAUCCAUCCAGGAUCUGUCCAUACCCAAAGAGAAACAAUCAACCAAACUGAACGGUUCGAUGACCGAUCUCGAGUGUGAAAUCGAUGCCGCCAACAAGGAAGUCGACGACGCCAUGAAGCACAGCGCAUUUAACCUGGUCAAGCCGAAACCGGAACCAGGCACCUGUACACCCACAACGACUGCCUCAUCGGCUCCGAGCCCCAUCGCCAACAGUAUCCUGCCACCGGUGAUCACCCCAUCGGAAGAAUUCUCGGCCGCCGCCAGUCCCCUGCAGCGGAUGGCCUCGAUCACCAACUCGCUCAUCACACAACCUCCAGUCAUUCCUCAUCACGCCGGGCAGUCCAAGCCCUUGAAGGCGAUUUUACCUCCCAUCACUCAGCAGCAGUUCGACUGCUACAACAAUCUCAACACCGAAGACAUCGUCCGCCGCGUCAAGGAAGCCCUUUCUCAAUACUCGAUCAGUCAGCGAUUGUUUGGCGAGUCCGUGCUGGGCCUUUCUCAAGGAUCCGUUAGCGAUCUCCUAGCGCGACCCAAACCCUGGCACAUGCUCACUCAGAAAGGCCGCGAACCAUUCAUCCGCAUGAAGAUGUUCUUAGAAGACGAAAACGCCGUACAUAAACUAGUCGCCAGUCAGUACAAGAUCGCCCCGGAAAAACUCAUGCGAACCGGAAACUACAGCGGUACCCCACAAAUCCCCGGAAUCAUGGCCAAACAGAUGCCACCGAUGCCCAAGAUGCUCAGCGACUCCUUCUCCAAGCUCCAUCAAGACCAAAAGACACUCCUCCAGCUGCAGAUGUCCCAGAUGCAGCAAAUGGUCCCGACCUCUCAGGCCCAGCAGCUUCAACACCAACAACAGCAGCUACACCAGCAUCAACAACAACUGGUCGCUGCCGCCCAACAAGCUCAACAGGAAGCAGCCGCUAGACAACCUCCAUCUUCCCAACCCUCACCCAUUCCACACCCGCAGCAGACUCCCUCCCGAGACUCAACGCUCAGUCAAUCGCGCCAGCAACUCUCCCCACACACGAUGCUCCUAACGCCACCCGGAGUACCACCCCAACAUGCCAUCCCUCUGCAAACCCCCGGCCUCGACAAAAAACCCAUGAUGCUCGGAAUCCACUCCCCGCAACUUCAAUCCACCCCAACUGGUCCACCUGGACCACCACCCGGCAUGAACGCCCUCCGAAACCCGAUGCAGCAACACAUCUCCCCAACCGUCUAUGAAAUGGCCGCCCUAACCCAAGAUCUCGACACCCAAACCAUCACCACCAAGAUUAAGGAGGCCCUCCUAGCCAACAACAUCGGCCAGAAGAUCUUCGGCGAAGCCGUCCUCGGACUCUCGCAAGGAUCCGUCUCGGAACUCCUUUCCAAACCGAAACCGUGGCACAUGCUCAGCAUCAAGGGCCGGGAACCGUUCAUCCGGAUGCAGCUAUGGCUAAGCGACGCCAACAACGUCGAACGGUUGCAGAUGCUGAAGAACGAACGCCGCGAGGCUAGCAAGCGUCGUCGAUCGACCGGGCCCGGUGCCCAGGACAACAGCUCCGACACCAGCAGCAACGACACUUCCGAGUUCUACCACUCGAACUCGCCCGGGCCGGGAUCCGUUGGGUCAGCCGGCGCUCCACCGAACAAGAAACAGAGGGUUCUAUUUUCCGAAGAGCAGAAGGAAGCCCUUAGGUUGGCUUUCGCCCUGGAUCCCUACCCUAACGUGCAAACGAUCGAAUUCCUGGCUACGGAACUAGGCCUAUCGACCCGGACGAUCACCAACUGGUUCCACAACCACCGUAUGCGACUGAAACAGCAAGUGCCCCACGGUCAACCGAGUGAACCGAUUCCGUCGCGAGACAACCAAACCGGCGUACCCCUGGAUCCCGUUCAGUUCCGCAUCAUGCUGAGCCAGCGAUUGAUGGAAAUCCAAAAGGAACGCAUGGGAUUGGGAGGAGUUCCGCUACCGUAUCCGCCAUACUUCGCAGCCAACCCGAAUCUGGCAGCACUGAUCAGCAGAGGUUUUAUCCCGGGAGAUGUCGAUCUGGCAGCCCUAAACAAAGCAGUCAGUGAGCAGAUGAGCGGACUUGAUCUUUCGAUGCCAUCGCACCUGAAACGCGAAGGCGAAGAAGAUUACGAAGAAGACGGUGAUCACGACGGAGAAAGUCACAUGAGCGACGCCGAAUCAAUGGACGAUGGAUCGAAACGAAGCGAAGCGGAUGAACAUUCUACGGCUGCCGGUCUGUCGUUGGUGCAGGCCAUGUCCCGCAUCAACCGACGAAAACCUGCCGCUCCUCAGUGGGUCAACCCGGAAGCCAACCUGGCCGGAUUGGUCGCCGGAGUCGGAGGUGACAAAAAAGAUGCCGCCGAUAUCCUCAACGGCAUGAUGCAGUCCGCCGACAACGUUUCGACGGUUCAGCAACGGUUCGUGGCAGCCAUGGCUGCGGCAGCUGCUGCUGUUGCAGCCGCGGCUUCCGGUAGCGAUCACGAAAACGAUGACGAUGCCAAAUCGACGCAUUCGAAACAGUCGCUCGAGGAUGAAGCGCCCGAACGGGAAGACGAGGAAGAAGACGAUGAGCGACGGGAAAAGGCCGAUGAGGCAUCGGAAGAUGUCACUCGACCGGACCCAUCCUCAUCGGCGGACAAGGAAGAGCUCCAGGUCAAGACGGAACUGGUUGAAGAGGGCGAACGGUGGGGCUUCUAAGCAGCCGAGCUAAACCGGUCAAAUUGUGAGGUUAUGAACCAACGAAUGUGUAAACAAAAACAAAAAAGUCAGUGCAAUCUCGAAGGAACAAAACAAAAAUAGCUAAAAGAAACAAUAACACAAAAAAAAAAACUGUUGCGUUGUAGGAGGUAUGAGUGCAAAGUCUGAUCGAGUUUCGAGCUUUCCGCUGUAAGUCGCCGGAAAGCCGGAUGGAUAUCGGACGGAAAUGUGAUUAUCGAUUCGAACAAAACAGAAAAACAGCUCGAGGAAGGACGUUCUCGGGCGUUUUUUCUCGAAUUAUUUUCUUAUUUAAGUUGUUAUUCAAGUUCUUUUCCCAUUAUCUAAGUAGGCUAAAAAUCGUACUAUUUCGUUUUAAGGUGAAACUAUCUGACUGCGAUCCAACUUCCUCAGUUGUAAACUAAAUGGUUUUUUUACUAUAUAUCAUUAUAUUAUUGCUCGUGGUGGAGCAAAAACUCUUUCCCUGUAAAUAGAUCACUUUUAAAGGUACGUUCAGUUGUACUCCUUAUUUUUCCUUCUUUUGAGCUAUCAAUAUAAGAAGACUGUUAAAUCAAGUUUUAAAGUAAAUAAAGGAAACAGAAAUCCAACAAUAUGUAUAAUGGAGAAUAUAAAUAAAUCGUAGUCUAAAGCUGCUAGCUUAACUUUUAAAACAAAAGGGAUAUAAAGUUUUUUUUAGCUGAAAACCCGUAAGAGUCGCUCCCGAAAAGCGAAACUCCUGUACAUUUUGUAACAUUGAUCUGUUCCCGAUUUGUUAAGGCUAAUCAUUUACUCGACAUCCGUUCGGGAUCUGACCGAAACAAUAGUUUUUCUCUCCCGAUUUGCAUUUACUUUUACCUUUUCCGAGCCGAUAAAUGAUUGAAAAUAAAAUCAAUAUUAGACGAUUAACAGAAAAAAUCAGAAAAAGGUAAAAUCUAACUUUAAAACGUACUUAUAGGCAGAACUAAUCGAAACAAAAAUGUUUUUGAUCCCGUCACAUUGCGCGAGUAAAAUUAUCUUUACCCGGACACAUGAUGAAAAUAAUCAAAAAUAAAUUAAACGGGAAACGGAGAAUCAAAAUGAUUUACAGCAACACACUGUACAUAAACUAGCAUGGGUGGGAAAAAUGUCUGGGAAUGAGGAGAACGGGAAAAACUAUCGGACAAACAGCAUACACACAAAUGCAUUGAUAAAAAAGGCCAAAUAUUUAGCAGAUAAACAUUAAUAAUUACACACACAUCCACACUUACACUAGAAGAAAAACUAACAUACAAAUACAAGAGAAAAA